CUAUAUCCGCUGCUGUCCUUGCUGCAUGGCUUUGCGCAAAAUUCUAAGUUUGUAGUUUUCACGUAUUUAUAGGAUUAAUAACUGGCCCUACCUUGCAGAUGUGUUUGGGGGUGCAAUCAGUUAAUAUUUGUAGGGCACUUUGAAGGUGAAAAGUGUUACUUAUGUGCUAAGCAUGAUAUUUUGCACAUCCCAGGAUCCUUAUUGCAAAAGAAAUGGCAUACGUGGUCAUUUUAAUAAAUCUGAUGUGCUGUAGGCAAAUGAUGCCCUAUUUUGACAAAAGUACUGAAUUGAGUGCAAACAGUCUGCACGUUAACAAGAUGUUGAGGAUGGGUUUUGUAAAGUUAUCUCCAUUCUUGUGAUGUGAUUUGGAAACCAACAUGAAGCAUUUUCAAUUAAAGGAUUUCCAGAGUUCUUAAGUAAUAGUGAGACACAGAGAAGAAUUUAAAGAAUGUUCAUAUGAAAACAGUUCCUGCAUUCCCUUUAUUUUAGAACAAAUCUCUAGGAGAUGAUAAUCACUGUAUUGUUUCACAGAUACUGGGUGUGAAUGGAAAACAGAACUUGCCCAAGGAAAAUUAUGAACUUUGACAAUAUUCCCUCUGCUCUGGGUUUUCCCAGUUGGAGUGAGAUGCUUCCAGUUUGCAAACAUUAAGUUGCUCACGUCGACAAAAGCAUGAGCACUAGAGAUAUGUCUGAGAACUAUCACCUCAACCUGAACUGUGUGCUUCCUGCCAAGGGCCAGAAUCCAGCAGAAUAUGAGCCGCUCAGCAUAGUGGAUGUGGAACCACAGGCAGCACAGGAAAGGCUCAGGAUCUUGGAGCAGGACUUCAUGAACAGUGCUGAGAUGCAAAUGAAAGUGGAUUUCUUCCGCAAACUGGGCUACUCAUCAGAAGAGAUCUAUGUUGUCCUCCAAAAACUGGGUUUAAAUGCUGACACCAACACAGUACUUGGGGAGCUUGUGAAGCAUGGUGCUGCAGCUGCUGACCGAGAGACAAACGAUCCCCCACAGGAGGCCCCAGAAGCCCCAUUGGUACCUCGUGGGUUAGUUGCCAACAAAACCCCUGCACCUGUGCCGUCAUUGGAGGAAAAUGAAGGCAAUAACUUAAAACCCAUUGUUAUUGAUGGAAGCAAUGUGGCAAUGAGCCAUGGAAAUAAAGAAGUGUUUUCCUGCCGAGGGAUCCUGCUGGCGGUUCGCUGGUUUUGUGACCGAGGACACCCAGAUAUCACAGUUUUUGUGCCAUCCUGGAGAAAAGAACAGCCAAGACCGGAUGUGCCUAUCACAGAUCAGCACAUUCUCCGGGACCUCGAAAAGAAGAAAAUUCUGGUCUUCACUCCUUCUAGGAGGGUUGGAGGCAAACGCGUCGUUUGUUACGAUGACCGCUUCAUUGUGAAACUGGCAUAUGAAUCUGAUGGAAUCGUGGUUUCCAAUGACACUUACCGCGACCUGCAGAAUGAGCGUCCGGAAUGGAAGAAGUUCAUCGAGGAGCGCUUGCUGAUGUAUUCCUUCGUUAACGACAAGUUUAUGCCUCCGGAUGACCCGCUAGGACGGCAUGGCCCCAGCCUGGAGAACUUUCUGAGAAAGAAACCUGUGGUGCCAGAACACAAGAAGCAGCAGUGCCCUUACGGGAAGAAAUGCACUUAUGGGAUUAAGUGUAAAUUCUAUCACCCCGAAAGGACCAACCAGCCGCAGCGCUCUGUAGCUGAUGAACUACGGGCCAAUGCAAGGCUGUCCCCAACCAGAAGUCCCACCAGCACAACCAAAGAGGAAAAAAAGAGCAGGAAACCUUCCCAGGCAGAGUCCGUGUGCUCUGUAUCCAUAGAUGGCGACACAGGCUCCGUGCAGAAGGUCUCCAUGGAGAGGAAAAGUUCAGCCCAAAAAGCAAAAGCUGGUGACAUUUCCCACCUAACCAAGGGUGGUGUCUUGGGCAGUAUCCCUUCUGUCAAUGGCAGCUAUCCAUCUUCCAAUUGGUACCAGCACCCUCCCCCUUCUCCCCAUAUGGACUCUCUCUCCUACAUCUCUCAGGAGCAUCUUGACUCAGGCAUUGGAUCCCUUGAGAACCAAAUGUCUGAGAUGUGGCCUUCCAGAUCUACCAGUCACUGUGAGCAUUCCCAGCCUGACCAGGGGGCAGCAUGUGGCUGCAGCUGCAGCAGACAGAGACCUGCUUACCAACACGCUUCUAGUGCAGAGCAGGAUCCCCUGGGCCACUAUAAGCAUAGCUCUCGCAAAUCUGUCUCCCCUUGCAGUAGCUUCUUGCCAUAUAGUCCUGAGAUGUCACACACAAGAUCCUCUCACUCGUUCCCAAGCUAUGGAGUGUCUCUGCAUCCAGGAAGUGCUGGCCAUUAUAGUGUUCCCAGCGAGUACAACCCCCCAGCACCCCAUCUUCGUGAAUACUGGUCUGAGCCAUAUCAACUGCCUCCCCCUUCAACACAGCCUAGCAAUAUUCGAGACCAUCACCCAAUGCCUAGAGCCCCCGGACCAGCCUACAGUGACCACUGCCCGUGGCCCCUGCCAGACCGCUUUGCAGAGGAGCGAGCUAACGUGCACGUGAAAUUGUGUGGCAUAUUCCACCCCCAUUUAGUAGAUGCUGUGAUGAGCCGUUUCCCUCAGCUGUUGGAUCCCCAAAGACUAGCUGCUGAAAUACUGACCUACAAAUCUCAGAACCCAGGUCUGUGAGGCAGAGGAUGAGCCUAUCCUGGUGGCCAGAUGUGCCGGGAGUCCUGGGCGCAAGGUGUUUCCUGUGGACAGCACUGCACGGCUGGUAUAACUGCCUCAAUGAGGGUUUUCACCUUCCUCUGAAGCCCUAGGCCUAAGAUGAAGGGAGAAUAGUAGACUCAGUGGGCCAGUGGCCUAUUCUGGUAUGGCCAGUCCUAAUACACCUCCUAAAAUGGCUUGUUAGGAGACUGUUCCAUACUCCCUGAGAGCAUAUUACCAGGAAUCGGGGUGGGGGGUGGAUUUUGCCUUUCUCUGGAGCACAGAGCAGGGAUCCCCCUGUAGGACCAGGUGGGUAUGUCCUGCUGAUUGAGCUCCGGCAACUGUCCAUUGGGUGCUUUGGACUCUUGUUCUUCCCAUUAGCCUGCAGCAUUCAAAGGCAACAUAGCGCUGGAAGCGAAAGAUCUAACGGUUCCACUUGAGCAAAUGGGUUCUGUGCGGUUACUCUGGGGUGGCGCCUUUUGCAAUAAGUGUCUGUGACUACAUCUUGGAGAGGCGGGCCCCUUAGCUCCUAACUCAACGGCUUGCUUUGAACUCCCGUCGGUCAGCCUCAGGUUCCAUUGCUGUGUGUGAGAAAAGCCAGGCGCUGAGGGGCCGUUUUUAUUGCCUGGGCCUGCCUGCCCCAAUGAGCUGGCCUUACGUGGGGCCACUGCGGUGAAUAGUGGGAGCCCUGUAGCCAGCUACUUUGAUCAAUGAGGCUUCUCAUUUGCCUGGAAGGGCCUGGCACCGCACCAGGCUGACGUGCGCCUCCUGCAUUCUAGACUCCAGAGCCUCACUUCCUGCACGUCCCCCAAACUGGCCAUUCUGUACCAAAGUUUAGAGAGAAGCCAACUUGUGCUGCUCUUCUAAAACACGGGUCUCCCCUUCUGCCCUGUUAUGGACUCAUUGGUGUAGUGCUGAGGAGAAGCCUCAUAUCCAUGUGAUGUACCUCCCCCUCUGACAUCACCUCACUAUCGCUGUGGGGAUCACUGAAAUGAAAUGACUAAGGUCCCAUUUGGACUUGCCAGUUGUGUACCUGCCCUGUAGCCACUACGGUUCUAAGGCUCCUCCAAAUUCUUGGCAGUGUUAAGUAUUUUCUCUUUGAAACUUGCCACUCUUUUGCCCUUUCACUCCUCUCUUGUUCUCUCCCCAGCCCUCCCCUUGAGAUUCCCAAAAUAACCGAAACUGUGGUUUCAUUUAUGACGGUAACGGUUGCCCCUCUUCAUUCGGUUUUGGUUAAGGAUCACUUCUGUGACUUGUACAUACUGUAACUAAUAUUUUAAACAAAUACUGUAGCAAUUGAUUCUGGUUCCAGCAUUGCAUUAGGGCACAGAGUAAGCUCUUGCACUUGCAGGCCAGAAGCAGUUGACUUUGUUGAUACACAUUGUAUCUGUGUGGUGGUUUUUAUUAAUUAUGUCCGUUUUGUGGUUAAACUAAGGUCCUUCUUAGCGGCAAACCAUGAGAGGAAGAGCUGAGUACAGAUGUGGCUGAGCACCCCACUCCUCUGUGGUGUGUUGGUGGCUAUUCUGUUCCUGGUUCUUACCACUCACGUUUUCCAAAGGAUGGCCGAGCCAAAUUGGCACUAUGUGCCAUGGAAACCACAAGGACACAGAAACCCUGUAUACCUGGUUAAUUAUGAUACAUUACAAAACUGUAAUGUUUCAUGUUAGUAAGCAAAAUGCUUCUUAAUCUUAUGUAACCUGAUAACUUUGCAUAUUUGUAAAUUACAGGAAAUAUGUUUUUAGUGGUAUUGUCCAGAAACUUGCUUGGCGAUACUAUUUUACUUAGUACUGUACUUAACUCAACCAUUAUGUGUUCUGGUGGUUUCUGGAAGAGUAAGUAGCAAUAUAUACUUUGUCCUAUUGCAGUUAAAGACUUUAGACACCUUUUUAUACUUAAAGUUGACAUUUAUUGAAACUUGCUGUCUCACUUAGAUUUCAAGCAGUCAGCUAGCCAUAUGGUGUGUGUCUCUUGGCAAACUAAGAACUUUAUCCAAAUAAAAAUGGCUAGAUUGA